AUGGAAGACCCAAAAAUCCCCUUAGAUGAGCAGAAGAAAAACCUUGCAAUCCUGAAAAAGGCUUUAUUAAUAGAAAGAGAUGAGCGAGCUAAUGCUAAACAUAGAGUAGAUUUUUUGAAUACUGAUGUAACUAAAAUCGAGCUUUUAUUAACGCAGAAAGUAAUCUUUAUAUAGAUUGCAGAAGUACAGAGGAUUAGCUUUGUAAAUGAUGAUUUGAGGCAUGAGAUCCAAACUCUUCAAUCUGAAGCUGUAAACGAAGGAGAAGCUUCUCCUUCUCUAAAUGAGUCAUUUUCUAGAGGAUUUAUGACAUUAGAACAACAAAAUAAACAGCUCGAGAAAAAUAUUGAAAGUAUUAAACAGGAAAUUGCAGUUAUGCACAUAAAUAUUGACACAAGAAAUAAGUAAUUUUUAUUAAGCGACAAAAAGAGAUUAUCAGAAAGUAUCAAAAGCUUUACUGAAGAAAAUCUGCAAAAAAUCUCUGCGGAAAUUCAGCAGGAUUUGCAGUUAUCGAAAGAAAGGAACAUCUUCUUGCAAUCUGCAUACAAAACUUUAACUCCCCCCAUCCUUGAUCGAACGACUCGCCAUCGUUCGAUCAAGGAUGGGGGUUAAAAAAAAUGUUUUUGGGAAAACAAUUUUAUAUAUAAAAUGAAAAAGAUAAAUAUAGAUUUUUUUUAUUUACUUUUAAAUAAGAGGGUUAAGAGUAUUUAAUAAUUAUUUUUACAGCUAAAAAUUGAAUUAAUUUCAUAAAAUACCAAUUUUUAAUAUUUUGAUUUAUUAGUUACCCUUUUAAACUGUAUAAAUUUUAAUUUAAAUUAAUGUUUUUAAAAAAUUUUUAAAGAAUCUCUAUUUUAUUAGAUUAUUGAGUUUUUAAGCCUAGGUUGAUGAUUAAAUCACUUCGGAUGGUUGAUUUCGCAGCUUUCUGUCGUCUCAAAGCUCUGAAAACAACUUCAUUAGGCACAUCUUCCAAAGCUUUUGAUAACUAAUAUUUUUUAUAUAUAUAAAAAAUUUGCAUGAUAUGAAAAUCGUUCGAUCAAGGAUGGGGGUUAAUUUCUCCAAUUUUUAGGAAUUUUGACAGUCAAUCGUUCGAUCAAGGAUGGGGGGGGGAGUAAGCAGAGAAAAUGCAUCAUUGAUAGAUCGAAUUUCUGCAAUAGAAGAAGAAGUCUAUGAGAUGGAAGAAAAAGUUUCAAGAAUUAAUGAAGAAAAAAACAAAUUAAAGAAGGUCACUGAGUCCAGUUUAGAAUAUGAAAAAGUUUUAGUUGAAAGCUUAGCUCGGCACAUCACAAUAGAAAAUGAAAUGGCUGCAAGGCUACUUGCGCUUAAAAUAAAAAUUAGUGAAGCUCAGUCAUUUUAUCAAGCUUUUGAUGUUUUAAAUACUACUUCGCUUAUUAGUUCUGAGGCAAAAUUAAUAUUAAAAAAAGAAAAUAAUGGGAUCAUGACAUUAGAAAUAAUCCAAGGAAAAAACAAAAAGACAUAUGAUGUUGACCAGAUUAGCUCGAUUUACCAUCAUCCAGAUAAAAUUAACAGAUUUUGUCUCAGAAUUGGUGAAGAAGGGGAAAAAGAGUUUGAAAGCGAGGACACUGAUAGAAUUAUAUCUACCAUAAGAGAAGUCCUGAUAAGAGUCUUACAAAAUUAA